CCCAAACCAGCUCCACCGGAACUCGUUACGGAGUAUUAAUUAGGUGGAAAGGCGAGGAAUUUCUGUGUUGCUUAGUCGGGGGUAACUUGGAUUAUUAUUCGGAGCAGCUUGCUUCGGUGAAAUUCGAGCUGUGAUCGAUUGAUUGGAAUAUGCCGCGGUGAUAUAAUAGAUGGAGAUAUGGCUCUGAGAUGGUAGAAAGUGAGUUGCUUUCACAGAAGCUUGAGGUCGGUCAAAGUGGAGGUCAGGUGUCGGGUUUUCGAAGGGAUCCUUCGUUCUCCGGCUGGUUUGAUGAGAAGGGAACACUUCAUUCGCCUGAAUUGGGGGAUGCGAACAAAGUUACCGAAGAUUUGGAUUUUGAAUUGCCUUUCAUUCACCAACGAGAGAGUGAGGUAGCAAAUACAUCGUCAGAGGCUAAAAGACACCACUUUAGUGAUAGCAUUUUGGGAAGAAUGACAGGCGGUGUUGACCUGGGCGAUGUGACUGCAAGGCAUGUAAAAGAGAGUUAUGUGCCUUUUGACGUAGAGGAUGGUUCCCCUAAUGGUCUGAAGCAUUCAGAAUCCACGGGGGAUGAUAGAUGCCUAAGCUACCAUGACCCAUCAAAGCAGCUUUCCCGAAGUCCUUUUUCUGUUUCUGAUGUUCUCAAGACAUUGUUCUUUAUACUUGUUUGGUACACUUUCAGUACAUUUUUGACACUGUAUAAUAAAACUCUUCUAGGUGAUCAUUUAGGAAAGUUCCCUGCCCCCCUACUUAUGAACGCUGUCCACUUUGCAAUGCAAGCUAUUUUAUCAAAUGUUAUAACUUGCAUCUGGUCUGAAAGGUUUCAACCUACUGUACAUAUGUCAUGGAGAGAUUAUUGCUUGAGAGUAGUACCAACAGCUCUUGGCACUGCAUUGGAUGUUAACUUGAGCAAUGAAUCCCUUGUUUUCAUCACUGUUACAUUUGCGACUAUGUGUAAAUCAGCUGCACCAAUAUUCCUACUAUUUUUCGCAUUUGCUUUCAGGCUGGAAUCUCCAAGCCUGAAGCUGUUCGGCAUCAUCUUCAUUAUUUCAAUUGGAAUAUUGUUGACAGUUGCAAAGGAAACUGAAUUUCAGUUUUGGGGGUUCAUCUUAGUUAUGCUAGCUGCUUUUAUGUCGGGAUUUCGAUGGACCAUGACUCAGAUACUACUGCAGAAAGAAACUUAUGGUUUGAAAAAUCCACUUACCUUAAUGAGUUACGUUACUCCAGUGAUGACUUUGUCAACUGCAUUGCUCUCUCUAUUUUUGGAUCCAUGGCAUGAAUUCAGCAAGAGCAAUCACUUCGAUAGUUCAUGGCAUAUAAUCAGAAGUUGUUUACUGAUGCUUUUUGGUGGAUCGUUGGCUUUCUUUAUGGUGUUGACAGAAUUUAUUCUUAUAUCUGUUACUAGUGCUGUAACAGUGACAAUAGCAGGAGUUGUCAAGGAGGCUGUUACCAUUCUGGUCGCUGUGUUUUACUUCCACGACGAAUUCACUUGGAUGAAAGGGACUGGCCUUGCUACAAUUAUGGUUGGUGUCAGCUUGUUCAAUUGGUACAAGUACACCAAAUUACAAAAAGGCCAGUUAAGUGGAGAUGACAUACCUGGUUCCCCGAUUAAUAAUGCCUCCACCAAGUAUGUCAUCCUUGAUGAAAUGGAAGAUCAAGAUGGCCUUUGAGUUUUGAGUACCCAUGCUACUUUGAAUUGCCAACUUGAAUGUGACAUCCAUGAGGAUUCCUACACCGGAAAGCAAAAUGCUCAUUUGCUUCCAACAAAUACACCCAAGUGCCCACUUCCAAGUUCAUGUAUAUCAGUAUAGUAUAUUUGACCUUUUUGUUGGAAAGGUGGUUUGUAUGUUCAAAGCGAAAUACCUUGAGUGGCGAAUAGCCUUUUUGGGAGUGACAUAGACUCAAAAUAUUAAAUUCCCAUGUAUAUCUGUACUUUGAAUCAAAAGAACCUCUCAUUGUCCCACUUCUGUGGCUUUGGGAGUAAUUUUGUGUUUCUUGCUCCACCCGUCCGGAAAGAAUAAGUGAUAUUCAAUUUUUUGGAAAAAAGACACCCCCCCCCCCCCCUUUUUAAUUUGCCUGUAAACCAUCUGCAAAUAAAUUUAAUUUUUAACUUCGGUCUAUUUGUUAAUA